GACCUACCUCCGAAUAAGAAAGAGUAAGACCUACUGUGGGUAUGUUGAUAUGGUGACAGCGUCAAAAUGGCGGCUAAUGGACCAUCGUUGCUGGAAUCAAAGAAAGACAAGAAGAAUCUAAUAAUCAAGGGUCAUGGCAAGGGAGGGGGAGGGGCAAAGCUCCUUCGCAGACCUAGGGCUCCUAAAUUACCUCCCCUGGAACCAGAACUACCACCUUCCCCUGACAAACCUUUUUAUGAAAUUUAUGACUUUGAGCAAGAGACUGAUUUCAGUCACAGACAUCUUCAGUCCCCCACGCCCAGUGUGGUACCUAGUCUUGUAUCCCCUCCCCCUUCAGAAUCACACCCUGCUGGAGGAGCGUACUACAGAAACAAUUUUGGAAUAUCGCCACACAGUAAUGGAUCAUACCUCCACAAAGAUGACAAAAAGUUUGUGCUUGACCCCAUUUACAGAGAAAAAACUAGUCUUGGUACUUAUGUUGAUGGUAAAUCAUUAGUAAAACCGUUUAAACCAAGAGGACCGGAGAGUUUUCCAACAAGACUUCCCAAAAAGCCAGGCGAGAUUUUACAAAUGGAUAAUGUAGAAGAUAUAAGGUAUCAUCAGCCACCUGCCUUUACUUUGGACAAUUUUGUUUAUCAUCUUUCAGAACUACGAAACAUACCUGUACGCAAAGUCAGGAAUAUAUUCUAUUCAAAGCAUAACUAUAAAAAGUUAACAAAACUAUUGGCUGAGAGAUAUAUUCAUCCCACUGUUCAAGAGGAAGUGAAGGUGAUGGAAAUGACUCCAGAAGCUCAGAACAUCCCUCCAUCUGAACCCAGAAUCCCGCAGAAGCAGCUUCUGAUUGAAAUGGCAGCCAUGAUUAAACAGCAUGUACGAGACCUGAUGAACACCGAGGUCAAGUCGGUUAUCCGACCCCUGAGGAAGUACAGCCCCUCCUACGCUGAUGAUAAUGUUCCCCACACGGAGAUCAUCUUGUAUGAGGAUGACACGUUCGAUGUCGCCAGUCACUCGGCCCAAGAAAGACAGGAUACAGAAAUUCCAGGGAUGGAUUCAAUGUUUCACUCUGCCCCAUCUAGAUAUUUCCAGGGAGCUGGGCGAAGUCAAUCCCCUUUUACUGCACCCUCAGAAAAUGCUAUUUCUCCAUCUGAGUUGGCCAUUCUUGAUGCUCUGAUAAAUGGGGGGAAAGCUCUUAGUCUCAAGGCACACUUCAUAGCAGAAAUGCCUGACAUCUCACCUUUGAUAAGGACAGUCACAUACCUCAACUUGUCCUUCAAUGAUUUCUCCAUAUUCCCACGGGAAAUUCUGGAGAUUCAACAGCUUGAAAUCCUGAAACUUAGAAAUAAUCCUCUCCGAGAACUUCCCUCGGACAUCCACCGACUCCGGAACCUUCGGAUUCUAGUCGUGUCCUUCUGUCUUUUGACCAACAUUCCCAUGGGGUUGUUUGCCUUGCCGAAGCUGAUCCAUCUGGAUAUUUCUUACAAUAAGCUGACCUUCAUUCAAAACGAGAUUGCCAACAUGAGAAACUUGCGCGAGCUGAACAUGGAGGGGAACCAGCUGCCAGCCAUGCCGUGUGGAGCCCUGCUCCUGGACCUGUUCUACCUCAACGUCAAGAACAACUUCAUGCACCCGCUCUUUUGGAAGGAGCACACGCAGAACCAGCCACAGCGUUUAAUUGACAUGUGUGCCUUGACUUUGGUGGAAGGGGAAGUAAUCAAUGACAAGGAUGUCCUUCCAGAGUCUGUUAAAAAAGUCUUGGCAAAUCGGUCGGUGUGCGAUUGUUGCCAUGGUGCUCUGUUUGGCCCAGGUCUCCGAAUUAUUCGUCCAGUCAGUAAACUCCAUGGAAUUAAAAACCUACCGUUCCUCUUUCGGGCAUGCUCACCAAGCUGUUUACAGGUCUUCAAACACAGUAAGGACACAUUGUCUGAGAUCCUAUAUGGAGUGAAGUCUACUCCUAGAGGCGAAGAGGAGGAGGAGGAAGAGGAGUAAAGGGAGAUAAUUCUUAAAGAUAAACGUCUCCAAAGGUAGACCACUCAAGUGGAUGCUGCUGCUUGAGAGACCUAAGGCGCUGUUAUAAUCGAGGUCGGAAGGAAAUAAAAAAUGAAAAAAAAGACAAGGAAUACCUAUAAGUUAAUUAUUGACUAUGCUGUCCUAGGGUGGAAAUAAAUUAAAACUUACAUAUUUCUUUUUGUGCAGUUUUGUGCAUUGCUGUUUGAAAUGAAUUGUUGAAUAUAUAGGCUGUUAUAUGUUACAAUAAUAAAAACAUCUAAGACAAUGAAGAUGGUUUCUUAGAGA